AUGGCAGGGGCUCAGCCAGGGACACAUGCUCUGAAGCUCAAACCGCUGACAGUCCCCGACACUCUGAAGAAUGGCAGCUGCUUCAUGAAAUGGGACGAUGAUCUCUCGACAGUGACUCCCAUCACCCUGACUGUGGAUCCACACGGAUACUUUCUUCACUGGACUGAUCAGAACAAGGAGACAGAGUUGUUAGACAUCACCCAUAUAAAGGAUGCCAGAACAGGGAAGAGCACCAAAACACCAAAGGAGGCGAAGCUGCGUGAGCUGCUUGAUGUGGGGAACCUGGUCGGUCGUAUAGAGAACCGUCUGUUGACCGUAGUCACAGGAGCGGACAUGGUCAACAUCACAUACCUCAACUUCAUGGCCCUGCAAGAGGAAGAGGCCACGAAGUGGGCUGAGGAGCUGUUCUCCCUGGCCUCCAACCUGCUGAGUCACAACAUGAACAGAGAAACCAGUCUGGAGAAAGCGUACGUCAGACUGACCUUGCAGCCAAACUCAGAGGGGCGGAUCCCAGUGAAGAACAUUGUCCGCAUGUUCUCAGCAGACAAAAAGAGAGUGGAGACGGCCUUGGAACACUGCAACUUACCCUUUGGACGGAGCAACUCUAUUCCCCUUGAGGACUUCACCCCUGACGUUUACAGAUCUUUCCUCUCCCACCUAUGUCCUCAGCCAGAACUCAGCUCAGUCUUCUCUCAGCAGGGUGCUAAGGGUGCUUACCUGUCUGUGGAUCAGAUGACAGAGUUUAUUAACGAGAGGCAGAGAGAUCCUCGUCUGAAUGAGAUUCUGUAUCCUCCUCUCAGACCCUCUCAGACACAGACCCUGAUGGAGAAAUAUGAAUUCAACCAGAGCCUGCUCAAACAAGGGCUGAUCACAUUGGAGGGGUUCAGCAGAUACCUGGUGUCUGAUGAGAAUGGAGUGAUUCCUCCUGAGAAGCUAGACCAGUCUGAAGACAUGACCUUCCCUCUGUCUCACUACUUCAUCAACUCCUCACACAACACCUACCUCACAGCGGGGCAGCUGGCAGGAAGUUCAUCAGUGGAGAUGUACCGUCAGGUGAUGUUGGCAGGCUGUCGCUGUGUGGAGUUGGACUGUUGGAAAGGACGGACCGCAGAGGAGGAACCAGUCAUCACGCACGGCUUCACCAUGACCUCAGAGAUCUGCUUUAAGGAGGUGAUUGAGGCCAUCGCUGAGUGUGCUUUUAAAACCUCUCCUUUUCCUGUCAUCCUGUCCUUUGAAAACCAUGUGGACUCGCCAAAGCAACAAGCCAAGAUGGCAGAAUACUGUAGGUCAAUUUUUGGAGAUGCACUACUGAUAGACCCACUGGAGAAAUAUCCUCUGGAGUCUGGGGUACCCUUGCCAAGUCCUCAGGAGCUGAUGGGUAAGAUCCUCAUCAAGAACAAGAAAUCCCACAAGCCCCCGGCUGCCCAUGGCAACAAGCAACUGGCAGAGCAUCCAGCCAACCAGGACGCAGCAGAGGAACAGGCAACAGAUGAACCCUCAUCUCCUAGCAACAUCACAGCCGAUUCUUCUCUUCUUUCGGGGGAAAUAGAGGCUGAAGACGAUGACGAUGAUGAUGAUGAUGACUGUAAGAAGACUUCAGAUGAAGGGACAGCAGAGGAACCGGAGGCCGUAGCUACAGAGGAGAUGUCCACUCUGGUCAACUACAUCCAGCCCACCAAGUUCAACUCCUUCGAGGCUUCCAAAAAGGUUAAUCGUAGCUAUCAAAUGUCAUCAUUUGUGGAGACUAAAGCUCUGGAGCACCUCACCAAGUCGCCCGUGGAGUUUGUGGAAUAUAACAAGCAGCAGUUGAGUCGUAUCUACCCUAAAGGCACGAGGGUGGACUCCUCCAACUACAUGCCACAACUCUUCUGGAAUGCUGGCUGCCAGCUGGUGGCACUCAACUUCCAAACGAUAGACCUGUCUAUGCAGUUGAACCUGGGCAUGUAUGAGUACAAUGGGAAGAACGGCUACAGACUGAAACCAGAGUUCAUGAGAAGACCAGACAAACACUUUGACCCGUUCGCUGAGAGCACCGUGGACGGCAUAGUGGCCAACACUGUCAAGGUCAAGAUAAUCUCAGGCCAGUUUCUGAGCGACAAGAAGGUAGGUGUGUACAUAGACCUGGACAUGUUUGGUCUUCCUGUGGACACCAGGAGAAAAGCCCUGAAGACCAAGACGUCCCAGAGCAACGCUAUAAACCCAGUCUGGGACGAAGAACCAAUUAUCUUCAAGAAGGUGGUUCUCCCCACAUUGGCCUCUCUGAGAAUCACUGCGUUUGAGGAAGGAGGAAAGUUCAUAGGUCACCGUAUUAUCCCUGUGCCAGUCAUACUGCCCGGUUAUCGCUACAUCGGCCUGAGGAAUGAGAAGAACCAGUCUUUGAUUCUGCCUGCUGUGUUUGUCUACAUUGAAGUGAAGGACUAUGUCCCAGACACCUUUGCAGAUGUAAUUGAGGCGCUGUCUAACCCCAUCCGGUAUGUGAAUCUCUUGGAGCAGCGGUCCCAACAGCUGGCUGCUCUCACUCUGGAGGAAGGGGAGGAGGAGACCAGCAAAGAGAUUGAGGCUAAUGCUGAUCAACCCGGGCUUGCUGAGCCAAAAGCCAACCUACGAUCUGCUCCUUUGGAGAACGGUCUCAGCCCCAGCCCUACCGUCACACCCAGAACUCUGACUAAUACACCCCAGUCUGCAGCUACAGAACCAACCAAACCAGCGGCGAAGACUGAAAACAUGGUGCAGAGCGUUCUGAUAGAUAUGGAAGCGGCCACACUAGAGGAGCUCAGGCAACACAAGCUGAUAGUGCUGGAGCAGAAGAGACACUACAGGGAGAUGAAGGAUGUGGUAAAGAGACACCAGAAGAAGACUUUGGAGAUGGUGAAGGAACAGACCACCAAGUACAACCAGGCUCAGAACCAACACACACGCAGACACAACGCUCUCCUGAAGACUAAACAACAUGGUAAGACAAGGUAGGUAGGAAGUUUGUCACCCGGAGGGAAGGCUGAACCGAAGCAGUUUGAUGAGGAUGGAGAGGGGCAACUGAGGGAGCUGAGAGAACAACAACAGCAACAGCUACUGGAGUUGAGACAGGAACAAUACUACAGCGAGAAAUACCUCAAACGAGAACACAUCAAACAGAUGAGUGAGAAACUGACUACAGUGACUGAGGAAAGCCAGAACAACCAGAUGAAGAAAUUAAAAGACAUCUGUGACAAAGAAAAGAAAGACCUGAAAAAGAAAAUGGACAAAAGGAGAACAGAGAAAAUCAAAGAAGCUAUGACAAAAGAGAAGCACUUGGUAGAAGAGGGGAAGUUGGAGAUCAACAAAUCAUAUGUGAAUGAAGUGGUACAGAACAUCAAAAGGCUGGAGGAUGCUCAGGCAAAACGCCAAGAGAGACUGGUGAAGCAGCACAAAGACAUCCAGCAGCAAAUUCUUGAUGAGAAACCAAAGCUGCAGGGUGCAGUGGAGGCGGAGUACCAGGAGAAUUUCUGUCUGUUGCCGGGGGAGAUCCAGGACUUCCUGCAGAACAGGAAAGGGGGGGUCAAAGGUCACGUCGUGCCUCGGCCCUCCACCCCCCAUGACAUACUCUCUGAGGAGGAACUAGAGGACCGGAGGAAGUGA